GGAGGUGGGGGAGAAAUAGAGAAAUGAAUGCGGAUUGGGGACCGGUGGUGGUCGCGGUGGCAUUGUUCAUCGUGCUGUCGCCGGGGAUGAUGUUCCAGUUGCCGUCGAGGAUAAGGGUGGUGGAGUUCGGGAACAUGUGCACGAGUGGGAUAGCCAUCUUGGUUCAUGCAGUCAUUUAUUUCUGCAUAUACACCAUCUUGAUCAUGGCCAUCGGUGUUCACAUACAUGUUAACUAAUCCCUACAAAUGGUAGGCCUCUUAAUUAUGCCAUUCACUGUUGUUUUACUUUUCAUGGCUGUUUGUCAUUGUAAGAGAAACGUUCAACUGUGUAAAAAUGAAGAUUAUGUUGAAAUAGUGAUUAUAAUGGUGGUGUCAGGGAAACUCGGUUAAAUGCAAAUAAUUUGUUUAGUUGAUACGAACGAGGUUGGUUAAGUGGUAAGCAACUUAAUAUCGUUAAGUUUGAA